GGGUAAACAUUGGUGAGAAAACUCGCGGGAACUUGUUCAAUUGCACCUCCCGUCAGUCCCUCAUGGUAGGGACCAAGACACACCACUACUGAAGUACACAACAUUUAGUACAGGGCAAACCUACACGACGUAAUAAAGAAGGUUGAGGAACAGCCGUUAUAAGACAAUCAAGAACCAGUUCCCAAACAUGUCACUUCAAAUUAAAAGAAGGUCAUCUGUGAAUACAGAGAAAGAGAGUGAAGAUUUGUUUGCUACGCCAAAGAAGGUGAAAAGAUCACGAAAUAAAGCAAGUGAGAAAGACAAUGAUGUGCUACAUGAUGAUUCUCUUUUUGGUGAGCUGGUGUCAAAAGCAGGAUAUAUUCUGAAGAAAGGCGACAAACCUAAUCUACUGAAUUGUGAUCAAGCAAUGUUUCAGCGUGAUCUGCGGUGGAGUUUAAGAUCCCAUUCACUUUAUCAAAUGCCAGAAAUAGCUGAAAAAUUUGUAAAGGGACUAGAAGAUCACAUUGAAGAUUCAGUGAGACUGAAAUGGGCUCUGCUUUAUACCCAGACAGUAAAAGAUUGUGUAACUGCCCGAGGAGGACAUCAAGAUUCACUAAUUCGCUUAUGUCUCAAUAUAGAAGAACUCCAACCAUUCCUUAUAAAACUAUUAACAGAAAAGCUUUUGGAGAUUGCUAAUGAUGAUGAGAGCAGCAGUCAAGCCAACAUCCCAAAUCUAGUGUUGGCUAAUCUUAAGUGGCUAGACCGCAUCGUGGAUUCAGACACGCUUACUGCAAAAAUUGUGGACAUUCUUGAAGGAUCGCCACUGAAGGUUCAGCAAGAGGUUAUAAACUUCGUGCCUAAUAUAGUCGAGGAUGCCAAUCACCCCAGAAUAGCAGAGGUUUUGUGUGAGCUGUAUGACACAGUGCCAGAACUGACGUCUGCCAUUCUUGACACUCUGGGACACCUUACCCUGGCACCGGACUGCCUGGAGGAUGUUCGUCAUUCUGUGCUUAAAACACUACAGGCUACAAGGCCAGAGCAGCUGCCCAUUGUAACACGGUUCUUGCUUAACAAUACCCCUCAACCAAUUGCAUAUCAGGUUUUAAAUGAUAUGAGAGAGAAGAUCAACUUGCCAGAUGAUCAUAGUAGAAGCAAGAAGUCCCCAAGAAAGACUCCAAGGAAACAUAAUUUAAGCAGCACUGCAACAAAUAAUAAUUGUAAUGAAGAGAUAGCAUAUAAAGUUCUGUUAAUAAAUAACAUUAAGAUGGCCACCCUCACCCAUAAGUAUCUCUCCACUGCAUGGUUAAAGGUAAUAAAUGAUGAUGCUGCCAGUGUUGGAUCUCUUGAUGUUUUGAUCCUUCUGAUACUGUAUGACUCUGUUCCAUCUCAGCGGCGUCACAUUGAGAGCAUAUUUCGAAAUAAGAUUCGUACUUGCCUGUUCUCUGAUACAAUGCUUGAAAAAACGUUUACAAACCAUAGCAGUAUAUUGAAAGAACAUUUUGAGCCAUUGAAGAAGAUGGCCAUUUUGUUGUUUAGAUGUCCUGAACCACUUGUCAGCCAGGCUGGAGCCACUUUAUAUAGGUUAUCUUUCAUUCACCUUGAUGGCUAUCAGAAGCAGGAGAUUGUUUUAGCUCUGCUGAAGCACCUUGGAGACAACUCUUCUGUGAGAUUAGCUGCGUUGUCUUUAUUGUCUUCACUUGCUCAUGAAAGUACUGCUUCCAUGUCAAAGUUCACCAUUUUCCUCAAGGGUUCUUUAGACAUGGUGGAUGAGCUUGGAUUGGGAGAAGUGAAAAGGCUUCUGGAUGUAGUAAGCCUCCUUGCUUACUCUGACUCCUCUCACGCUGCGUUGCAAGAUGAAUUAGUCAUCCUAGUGAGAAAGCAACUCUCUCACACAGACUUGAAAUACAAAUUGAUUGGUGUGCUAAAUGCUGCUCUUGUUGUGAAGAACAUGGUUGCAAUUGAUGACAGUCACAACUCUGUCAGUACUUCAACCACAAGUACAUCUGCAUCUGGACUAAAUUCUUCAUUUCUGAAGGAGGCUGAAAAUCUCCUGCAUCUCGUGCUGUCUUCCACAGCAAGAUCACCAACUGCUUCAGCUUUGUUUAUGGAUGAAAUGGCAUCAAUUACCCUUAAAGAGGGCAUGAAUUCCAAGUUAGAGGAAUGGGUGUGUGAGAAGAUGACUGAUGACUUUCAAGAAACCUUUGUACUAGACCAUGUAGCAGAUUCCCAGCCUCCAGAGACACUCUUCCCUCUAGCUGUUUGCUGGAACUUAGAUGAAGGUGUAGAAGAUGGAGGCAUAAUUUUAAACUUGGCACCAAUGGUCAUAAAAGCUGAGCCCACAAGAAAUGAUCCAGUGGCUAAAGAGAGCAAGCUGGUAUCCCUGGCUCCUCAGUUCCGUCUGCUGCGCAUGUUGGAGAGCCGCCUUCACGACGGAGAACUUAGCAAUAUUGACGCUCUGCUUGGGUGUCCAGUGUAUGGCCCAGCUCCAUUGGUAUUGGAGAAGUUUGAGUCACAUUCAAGAGCUGAGCAACAUGCAGUACUUUCCUGUCUGUUUUACACCAUAAAUUGGUUUCUUGAACUAAUUAAUGCCUUUGUUACACAAAAGGAUAUUGACUUGAAGCAAAAGGUAUUUUCACGUGUGCAACAAGUGAUUGAGCUUCAGACUAUGUUAUCACAGUUUUUACCCAAGUGUCCCAGCUACUCACCACCUCUGGCAGUGUUUGAUCUAGACACAUCUGCAGCAUUACCCACAUUCACAAUAGCUAAUACAAAGAAAGGAAAGAAGGGACGAAAGGCAGCACCUGGGAAAGGGAAGAAGAAAAAUAAGGGGAAAGAGAGUAAUACAGAAGUAACACAACUAGGAACCCAGCCAACUUCUCAGCCUACCACACAGCCUACCCCUCAGCCCACGCUAGUGCAACCUCAGGAAAAGGAUUCAGAUACUUUGGAAGUGCCAUCCACAGUAGACAUGAUUUCUCUACGGCCAUUCUUCAGAGAGCUUCACCUGGAUGUGUUUUGUCUUCUCUUCAGAAAGCUGUCUUUGGACACCGAGAUGCACGUGAGUUGUACUCAAAGUCAGUUAUCAUUAUCAGAAGCUGAAUUUCUGCUUACUGAUCUAAACUUCAAGCUGAUGCAUGUGUUUGGAGCUGGGCAUAAGCGAGCAUCAGUACUUGGCCAUGGCCCAGAUAAAAGUAUUGGUUACUCUCACCUUGACCUCUUCACACCUGGUGAGGUUGCUCAACGUGCUCUUCGGUUUCUCAAGCCAGUCUGUGUUCACCUAGAAACAAUUAGUGGUUUCUUUCAGAGCAUGAUUGCUGAUAAUGACGGUGUAAUGGAUGCCCCAGGCAUGUUCAGUGAACGGACACGCCCGUUAAUGAAAGUCAACUCGAUGCUCUUCACAACACUGCAUGUUUUUCUGUCUUGGACAGGUCUCCGUCAAGAGGACAACAAAAUAAUUCUGACAGCUAUUCUGCGUACUAUUGCCAAGAAGCUAGAAGGUGAAGUUGUAAGUGGAAUGGGACAAGAGGAAUUGAUAUCCACUGUUUUUCGAUACAUCUCAAAUUUCCAUGCAUCUGUUGUCAGCAUUGGCACUGCGUCCAUCCUUGUGCAAACGUUAGUUGUGCUAACACUUCUUCCAGAACAUGAAGAUUUCAGUGAAAAGCUUGUGGAAGUGAUUGAAGAGCUGUUGAAGAGAGAAUGGUAUGGAAGCGAUGGUGAGAGGGAGAAGGGAUCCGUUUUCAACCAGCAUGUACACACUUUGCUCCAGGAAUAUUUUCAACAGAGCAAGACCCCUUUGGUAUUGAUAGAAAAUAUCUGUACUGGGCCUCUUGAAGAAUUUAUGAAGGCUACUGGUCGUGAUCCAUACUCAGAAGCUCUCCCCACUCUCAACAAGGGCACGCUAGGAACGUAUUAUCGCAGUAUGAUUUCAUUUUUGGUGAGUGGAACCAAGAAGUCUCUCUCAGCUAUAAGCUCAACAUCAAAUGAUAACAUGCAGCGUUUACUUGUGUGGGACACUGCUAUCAAGAUCUUUCAUACUCUUAUUAUGAUUCUGAAGAAGAAUAACUCCAGGCAUUUAUUGAGUUCAUGCUUAAAGUAUGCGCGCUCUUUUCUGGAGCUUUUCCUGCGCAGUGCUAUGCCUUUGAUGGACAAAUCCCUACGCCUGCACAAUCAAGAGGUGGUUACCCUCAUGAAAAGCCUUCAGGGUUCAACAAGAGUUUUACAGCAUGUGUGUACACACUCCAAGGUCAAUCAAGAUACAACUUUAACCCGUUAUGUCCCACUGGUCAAGAAGUCGCUGGAGAUGCUGGUGUAUCGGGUCAAGGCUAUGCUUGCUCUCAACAAGUGUUGCAAUGCUUUUUGGAUGGGUAACUUGAAGAACAGAGAUCUGCAUGGGAAAGAAAUACUUUCUCAGUCUGACAGAGUAGAAGCUGAAACAAGUGAAGGUGAACAAGAUGAAGGUGGUAAUGAUGAGGAGGAGGAAGAGGAGGAGGAAGUUAACGAUGAUCAGUCUGAUGUUGACCUUGAUGAAGAGGAGGAGGAAAAAAGCAAAUCAGGAAAAGAUGAUGAUGAGGAUCGAGCAACUGACUACAGUACUAGUUUUUAAGGUUACUGUAUAUGCAAAGAUAAGUCCCUGACAACAGUGUUAAAUUGAUUGAAUAUUAAAGAAAAGAUGAAUGGUAAUGUUUUGCCAGCAAGUGGGGACUUAUUAUCAAUUUAUUGUUCAUGCAGAAUUCUUAUAUUUUAAACUAGAUGGGGAACCCGGCAGUGCCUGGGUCAGUCUCAUGCACUCUCCCAGUGUAGGAUUGUACUAAUUUUAGACUACCUCUGCCUGUAAUGUUGUGUAGAGCAGGCCACUAGCAGUAGUUAUCUAGAAAUAAACUGCAAUACUAUAUAUAUUCUAUAUAAUAUUGCAGUUUGGUAAUUUGAUUCUUGUUAGUAAAGCCUAAAUAUAUUGUACAGUGGGAUCUCGAUUCUGGGAAUCUCCAGUUGGAAUGCACACUUUCCAGGCCAGAUUUGAUGAACAAGGCUUAGGCUUCGACUCUGAUAGAGUUCACAGACUGGUGGAAAAGGUGUUUAUCAUAUCGUUGGUUAAAAUUAAAAAUUCUUUCAGUGAAAGCAGCCCAAAGAGCAUGGAAAAUAUGAGGGGUAUGAAUGGGAACACUCUUAAUAGGGCUCCAAUCACCUUUUUAAUGAUUUUCGUAGAUGGACAUAAGAUGAUGAUAAAGGUUUGGGAGCUUUGAUUAAGAAAGCCAUUGAGCAUACAGUAUUUAAGACAAAAUUGUAUGGUUCUUUUUUUUAUUUCUAGUUGCAGAAGUUUUCAUUCAGUAAAAAAUGGGCCCUUCUUCCUUUGAAAAUGUGAUUUUAAGGCUAGGGCAUGGGAAGGGAUUUCAAGGCUAGAUUUCUUGUAAUGUUGAUUUAACCACAUCUAGCAUACUUUUUUUUUUUUUUUUGAGAUAUAUACAAGAGUUGUUACAUUCUUGUACAGCCACUAGUACGUGUAGCGUUUCGGGCAGGUCCCUGGAAUACGAUCCCCUGCCGUGAAGAAUCGUUUUUUCAU